AUGGCUCCUUUCCCACCUCCGCCAGUCAGCACAAUUGACUGGAACAAUGUCGGGUUCAAAGUCCGGGAAGUCAAUGGCCAUAUUGAAUCGACUUUCCGCUACUCCUCGCCUAACCCAUCAUGGAGCAAACCACGCUUCGUCGCCUCUCCACAUCUGUCAAUCCACGGCAUGGCCCCUGGAUUGAAUUAUGGCGUGCAAUGCUACGAGGGCAUGAAGGCCUUCCGACAACCUGAUGGGAGCAUUACCAUCUUCCGGCCCGACCGAAACGCCAAACGGAUGCAACGCUCGGCAGAAUUCAUCUCCAUUCCACCUGUCCCCGAAGAGCUUUUCGUAGAGUGUGUCAACCUGGCGGUUGGUGCGAACGCCGAGUUCGUUCCGCCCCACGAGACUGGUGCCGCCAUGUACAUCCGUCCACUGUUGUUUGGAUCCAGCGCCCAGCUCGGCCUCAACCCCACGGACGAAUAUACCUUUGUGGUCUUUGUCAUGCCCACCGGCGUUUACCAUGGUUCGCAUGCCGUUGAUGCCCUGAUUCUCGAGGACUUCGACCGCUCCGCUCCCGAGGGAACAGGAAGUGUCAAACUUGGCGGUAACUAUGCUCCUGUGUUGCGCCACAGCGAGAAGGCCCAUAAGGCCGGCUACGGAAUCACCUUGCAUCUGGACAGUAAGACCCGUACCGAGAUUGACGAGUUCUCGACCUCAGGGUUCAUCGGUGUCCGCGUCGACGAUGGCAAGACCACCGUCGCCGUGCCGGAUAGCAAGAACGUUAUCGAGUCUGUGACAUCCGAGUCUGCCUGCCAGCUCGCCAGGGACGUUUUGGGAUACACUGUGGAGAAACGCCGUAUCAAGUACGAGGAACUACCGAAGUUUACAGAGGUCAUGGCCGCGGGAACGGCCGCCUCACUUGUGCCCAUCAAAAGCAUUACUAUGACGUCUCGCGGGGACAAGUUUGAAUAUCCUGUGAACGAAAAGCUGGAACCGGGCCCCGUGUGCACUCAACUGUUGACAACUCUGAAAGGGAUCCAGCAAGGAAAGGUAAAGGAUUAUUUUGGCUGGAACAUGACUGUUACCGAGCCUCCAAUCGAGUUUGUCAAGGCGUCGACAAAUGGCGGUGUCAACGGCGGUGUGGACCAGUUGCCGUGA